AUGGCGUUCUUCUUGCGGCGCCCGUUCGCCGUUCCGACGGCGCUUCGUCAAAUCUCCAAGCCUGCUAACAGCGCUCGUUUCAUCCACAACACCCCAUUCAAGCCUGCCCAGCCGAAGCCUACUGGCCCCGUCUCAUCUUCCAUCUUCGCCAAAUCUCGUCAGACCUUCCAGAAUGCUUUCCGCCGGACGUAUAUGCAACAGCCAACCUACAGCACUCGUGGCGAACUUUUGCAAAAAUUGGGCUACGGUGCCGCCAUCGUUGGAGGUACUAUCAUUGCAACGAACCUUAUCUUCAACCGCGAGACCCGCGAGGAUGGCGGUAUGCCCCAUUAUGAGCGCAGCUACCUGAACGAGACUUUCAUGCACACCGGACUUGGUGUCGGUAUCAUCGCCAUUGCCGCUCGCGCUAUGCACAUGAACGGAUUCUCCUACCGCAUGAUGGCUGCCAACCCUUGGUUGGUUAUGGGUCUUGGUCUCGUCGCUAGCAUUGGAACUAUGUACGGUACUUUGUACACUUCUCCUGACAACUACGUCGUAAAGUAUGGUCUCUGGACUGCUUUCAACAUCACUCAAGCCGCUCUCCUGUCCCCUCUGAUGUUCAUGAGCCCCGCUCUGCUCGCCCGCGCCGGUCUCUACACUGUCGGAAUGAUGGGUUCCAUUGCUUUCGUUGGUGCCACCGCCAAGCAGGAGAAGUACCUGUACCUGGGUGGUCCUCUGCUCGCUGGUGUUGCCAUCGUUGCUCUCUCCGGUCUCGCUCCUAUGGUUCUCCCUGUCACCGCCACCCGUACUCUCAUGUGGUCCGAGAAGAUCUGGCUGUACGGUGGUCUGGCUGUCUUCGGUGGCUUCACCCUCUAUGACGUCCAGAAGAUCCUUCACCACGCUCGCCUCUCUCAGCGCGGUCUCGUUCGCAAGGAUGUUGUCAACGAGAGCAUCAGCUUGACCCUGGAUUUCAUCAACAUCUUCGUCCGCAUGGUCCAGAUUCUGGGCAUGCGCCAGCAGCGGAAGUAA